ACAAGAUCGACUGGCCAUAUCCCAAAAUGGCGGAGCUCCACCUCAACUACUUGAACAUCCCGGCGCGGGGCGAGCUCACGCGGCUGCUCUGCGCGUACGGCGACCUGCCGCUCAGCGAGACCCGCUACUCGUUCCGCGAGUACUUUGCGGCGAAAGCCGAGCUGGACCUUCCGUUCAACCAAGUGCCAACGCUCCACGUGGACGGCAAGGUGUUUGCGCAGAGUAUUGCGAUCGCGCGCUACGUGGCCAAGCGCGUCGGUUUGUACCCGUCCAACGCGCUCCUCGCGCUCGCGGCCGACAGCGUCGUCGACGCCAUUAGCGACGUCUACUCGGAAGUCUGCCCCGUCGUAUACGCCAAGAUGGACGCGGAGACGCGAGCGACAAAGCUUGCGCACUUGAACACGAACGUGCUGCCAAAUGCACUGGCGGCGCUCGAGCGGCGGCUUGCUGGCGACUACUUUGCCGGCGAGUCGCUCUCGUUUGCCGACAUUUACCUUCUCGACCUCUUUGACAACGUCGUUGCCGGCUUCCCAGGCCAAAUCACCGUGCCGACCCAAGCCUACCCGAAGCUGGAGGCACUCGUCACAGCGCUUCGCAAGAGCGACAAGCUGCAUGCGUACUACGCGUCCAAGCUCUAGAGGAUUCGUUUGGCGCUCUUAGAGUUGUUUCACAACAAACGCGAUCUCUGUCUUCUCA